AUGGCACCAAAGCAAGCGCCCACCUUCCCUCUAUCCACCAACAAACCAAUUCCAAGCCCACGCUCCAAAUGCGCCUGGGAAAUCAAAGUACGACAAGUCCGUGAGAACUCUCCCGUCUCCCCCUCCUUCCUCUUCGCCACGCCAAUCCGCUCCUUCACUAUUACACCGAAGCGGAAACGCUCGUCGAGCGAAGAUGAAGACAACGUCAAAAGCGAGGACAAAGACGCACAAGAACACGAACAAAGACAUGUUGCCAAAGUCGCAAAAAUGGAGGAGACACCAGACACAGCGUACGAUGCCGAUGACGAGGGUGCAAACGACACUGAAGAGAUAUCUCUUCCAAUCAUAAUACCCGAUCCUUACUUCUGGUAUAGGAAUGCGACGGGGCAAAGCCAGCCCCAGGAAUACUGGUACCCUGGAGUACCGCCACAAGAAAAGCGAGAGAGCAAGGAAGUGCCUUGGUAUUACAAGCCCUCCCCGUUUCUCGAGGGUUACUGGGGUUCCCAGUACCUAUUUCUUGCUGAGAGGCAAUGGAAGACGUCUUAUUCAUUGCAUAAGACGGGUGAAGAGGAUGUGAAGAUUAGUGUUGGAAGACGGAAGAAGUACAAGGCGGGAGAGGGGUGGGCAGUGGUAGAAAAGAACUUGAGUCUCGAGAUUAAGGAUAGGGGAUUGCCGAGUUUGGCAGAGGAAUAG